GUCGCGGAUGACUUCUCUUAACAUACUCACUGAAGCGGGCCGUGUACAGCAGUGGUUGUAGCAUUCAGUUAAUUUAGCUUUCUCUUGAUGUCGUUUUACACUUAUUGAGCAGACAUGUUCACAGUUAAUGUUUUUUUUGUAAGCAGAGAACUGAAGUGACCGCUAUUUUUACGGAGGACGCUGUAAUUUCCCAUCUUUUUCUUAGGCCCUGAACACGCAGAGAAGAGAAGACUGCUCAGACUCGACUGCGUAAAGAUGCAAUUGGCUCUAAGUAAAACGUUUGGCCAGAAGCCAGUUAAAUUUCAGUUAGAACAAGAUGGGGACUUUUACAUGGUUGGGUCGGAGGUGGGAAACUAUCUGCGUAUGUUCAGAGGCUCUCUGUAUAAAAGAUAUCCGUCUUUAUGGAGGAGGCUGGCCUCGGUGGAGGAGAGGAAGAAAAUUGUAGCAUCAUCACAUGCCACUAGCGUCACUCUGCUGAAGGCGUCAGAAUGUGAAGAGAUCUUCGAGGGUAAUGAUGAGAAAUACAAGGCGGUGUCCAUCAGCACAGAGCCCCCAGCUUACCUCAGGGAGCAGAAAGCAAAGAGGAGCAGCCAGUGGGUCCCCACGCUGCCCAACAGCUCUCACCAUCUAGACGCUGUGCCUUGUUCCACCACCAUCAACCGCAACCGAAUGGGCCGUGACAAGAAAAGGACCUUCCCCCUGUGCUUUGAUGACCAUGACCCUGCAGUGAUCCAUGAGAACGCAGCCCAGGUAGAGGCUCUGGUUCCCAUCCGUCUAGACAUGGAGAUAGACGGACAGAAACUGCGAGAUGCCUUCACCUGGAACAUGAAUGAGAAACUGAUGACCCCAGAGAUGUUUGCAGAGAUUUUAUGUGAUGACCUGGACCUGAACCCUCUGGCCUUUGUCCCCGCCAUUGCCUCAGCCAUUCGCCAGCAGAUUGAGUCCUACCCCACUGACAGCAUACUAGAGGAGCAGGCAGACCAGAGAGUCAUCAUCAAGCUGAACAUCCACGUGGGGAACAUCUCUCUGGUGGACCAGUUUGAGUGGGACAUGUCAGAGAGGGAGAACUCACCGGAGUCGUUUGCACUGAAGCUGUGCUCUGAGCUGGGUCUGGGAGGAGAGUUCGUCACCACUAUCGCCUACAGCAUUCGCGGUCAGCUAAGCUGGCACCAGAGGACCUACGCCUUCAGUGAGAACCCGCUCCCCACAGUAGAGAUUGCCAUCCGCAACACAGGCGAUGCAGACCAGUGGUGCCCCCUACUUGAGACACUCACAGACGCUGAAAUGGAGAAGAAGAUCAGAGACCAGGACAGGAACACAAGGCGUAUGAGACGACUAGCCAACACUGCGCCGUCCUGGUAGAAAGAGACACGAAGCUGCAUCAGACGGUGUGUCCUCUGGAGACUCCUGCUACUCGGAAGCGAUCAAACACACUCACAGGUCAAAGCAUUGAUGGAGCAUCUGGAUGUUCCUGUGAGCACAAAUGCACAUGUGGUCAGUCUCCACGGGCACCUCACCAACUGAAACCAACACACACACACACACACACACACAUCCAGGCAUUCCUCUGCACACAGGUCAUCAUGUUUCACUCUGACUGUAGCACAUCAGUCAAGGAUAUCUAACCUAACAUCACUGUUUGAUGGUGUUUGAUUGUCUCAUGUCUGUUACACACACACACACACCAACGUGCAACAUUCACAUCACACGUGUCAGCUCAAAAUACUUCCAUUACAGUACAGUAACCAUUAUGACACCAUUAGUUUGUGCCGACCAGGUCUGCUCCUUUCUGUCUACCAUGGUCAAAAUUCCACUUGAAAUGAGUAUCUGUCUCUCUGUCUAUCCAUCUGGCCAUCCACGAUCAAGCAGGCCAAUUUGGUUCCUGUCUUGUUAAACACCUGUAGGUGUUUCUCACAGCAGACAUUUUGAACACGUUGGAAAGGAAAGGAGAAGCACAGAGGCGACCAAUAACAUCGAGACAGAAAGGAAAUUUAAACACUACUUCCACGUGGUAGUUAACGAAAUCUGGCAGACUGUGGAUCUGAAACGCUCCACAGAGCUGUGUCUGAUGGAAUCAAGAUGUAGCAGUAGCUCUGUGUCCCAGGACUGACAGAGCUCUAUAAAUGAGGUCAGUCAUAUUGACACCUGUGCUUUUCCCACUAUGACAGGUCAAAGGCCCCAGUUCCACUUGUCAUUUCCAGAUAAAAUCCAGAUGAAAUUUCAUUUACACUCAGCCACAUAUAUGCAGCUCUGUUGGUCAGAUCACAAAUCUGUGAUUUCGCUGCUGUUACAAUUAAUGGGAAUGAUCAUUUUUGCAUCACAAUUUUUGAUUUUCACUGAAAAAACUCCCUUUAUACAUUAAUUAAAAUAGUUACACUAGUUGGGGUCUUUACCAAACAAACAGGUUUUCUUACAUCUGUAGACCACGACCUGUAGCCCAGGCCAUGUCUGCAUUCUUUAUCAUAAUGCUGUUUGUCACACAUUACCUUUAUCCAAAAAUUACCUAUUGGACACCAUCUUGCAAUUUCCAUAAUAUUUCGAUCAAUUGUGCAGCACUAACAAGGACAGAAGAGACAGACCAGGUAUGUCAGACAGACAGUGAGUGGAUAUUUCCACUGUAAAUAUUAUGUAUGACUCUUGGAGAGAUGGAUGUAUUUAGACCAUUUCGACAUCUGGUUAGAAUGCGUCUUUGAUAUGUUUACACUAACAUGAAGUGACUCUCUGUAAAGUGGUCAAAGUGUCUGUUGGGAAGAAGGUCUCUGGAUUACUGUGGCAGGGUGUCCUGUAGAUCUGUCAUUUUCUAAGCAAAACAAUGUGUCAAACUUUUUUUUGUUCCAGCUUCUCAAAUGAUGAGCUCAUCUGAUCGGUGUACAGUAAAUAUCUUAGGGUUUUGAUGCUGAUCUGGCAAAAUGGGCUCUGGGAAGUUGUGAUGGGCAUUUUUUCACUAUUUUUAAAUAUUUUAUAGUCUACAGUUCAAACUGGCCUUUGACAUCAAACCUUUGUUGGUGGACGAUACCCCUUAAAAUAAUACAUAAUGCCCCUGUGGGUAGGGGUUCUGACUUAAGUGGCUGAUAGUGAGAGGACCAAAAAAAACCCAGUUCUCAUUGUGAUGGUGUUAAUCGGUAAACAAACUUGUCUACAAACAAAAACUCUUCUGCUAUCAGUUGAAAGAUGCAGUAAUCACAUUCAAGUCCUUCAUAUAGAUGUUACUGAGCCACAUUCAAGUAUUUUGCCUACUUCUAUAUACUGUGGGUGAUGUUAGUGUUUGUACCUGACUGAAAUGACCAGUGUGCAUGUGUGAAAUCAAACUACCCCCUGGUAUUGUUGCUGCUGUCCCCACAGCUCUUCAGACAGCAGCCAGCAGCUGCAGCCAAACAGAGAGUUAGAUUUUAGCACGCAGACUCUGCAUUCUGAUCUUGGUUACGGAUUCUGAUCAGCUGUGUGCACCAGUGUUCAUCUGCAUGCUAAAACAUAGGUAGUUCAUCCUGUAACCUGUGCAUGAGGGGCUAAUGCGUCCCACUGUUCCUUCUGUUUGCACUGUGCCUCACAUUGCAGCAGUGUCAGCAGACUGCAGCCUCUGUUUUACUGGCAAUGUUGUUGAAAAAAAUCAAGCUGACAAGAACCAAUGGUGUCUUUUUGAAGUGAUUUUCAACUUGAACAUACUCCAGAGAAUGAUGUUAACGUAUGUACUGUUGCUUCUUGUUCUCUUCUUUUGUAAUAUUGCUUUACCUUUAUAGUGGACUCGUUUUUUAUAUGAAAAAUAACAAUAAAGAAAACUUGUUGGAAA